AUGGCAACACCGUCGGAACUUGGAGUGAACCCCAAGCUGCCGACGUGGGAUGGCGAUUGGCGUACGUAUGCUGACUUCCGUUUGGCAUGCCUCUUGGAGAAAGUUGGCUUGAAGGAAGAAGAUCAGCUGACCCUCGCUCCUCGCUUGGCGAGGAAUCUGACGGGCAAGGCUUGGGAGGCCUGCGCCGACAUUGACCGAGCUGAACUCCGCAAGAAGGAAGGACUCGACUACCUCCUCAAGUACUUGAAGGAGAAGCGGGGCAAGCAGCAGGUUGAUAUCUUAGGUGAGGCCUUUGAGAAGUACUUUCAGUCAGGUGACGCCAUUCGUCAGGACCGUGAAUGCCUAACGGACUUCGAGCAGCGCGUCUCCGUGCACUUCCGGGACAUUGCCAGAGCCUUGCAAGAGAUGGGGACCUCCGUGGAGGUACCGUCAGAGAUCUACGGCUGGUUCCUGCUCAACAAGCAUAUCCGGCUGGAGCCUUCCGACGUGGCGACUCUCAAGUCGCAGACGGCCAGCUACAAGCUUGCUGAUGUCUGGAAGGCAUUGCGGAAGAUGUGGGGUGGAGACAGCCUGGUAGUGAAAGACCAGGAAAGAAAGAAGUCCGCCAAGGCAUACAUGGCAGUUGAGGAGUACGAGGAUGAAGACGGUGAUGGAGCCGGAGUAUGGUGGACCGACCCCGAGGACGAUGGAGCCCUGGAGCCAGAGGACGAGGAAGCGACCGAGAUCUGGUUUGAGGAGGCGUUAGAAGCACUCCAGGAGAACCCGUCCGAUGAGGUUGUCCUGGCAAACUUCAACGAAGCAAAGAAAGCCUUCUACAAGGACGCCAGAAAGGCCUUGGAUCAGAGUCGGGUCAACCGCGGCUUCUACCCGAACACCAAAGGUGGCAAAGGCCGAGGACCCGGAAAGGGAAUCGGUGUCGGGUUGGUGUACACCAACUGGACGGACGAUGAGGCGCAGCCGCUUCUCACGGGCGCGGUGACCGAGCACAAUACGCGAGCCAUUGUGGACUGCGGCGCCUCAGAGAGCAUUACUCCAUUCCGAGCUCGAGGGCCUCUCAGAAAGACCUUCGUCUUCGGCAACAACGAGUCCAGUCAGGCCUUAGGACAUGCCACAGUGACGGCCGGAAUCCAUGGUCGAGAGCAGAAGCUGGGCGUGCAUGUGGUUGAAGGACAGACGCCGUUGCUCCUUUCCGGCAAAUGGCUGUACGAGCAGAAGGCCAUCAUCGACUUUGGGCGCGGUCAAGCCAUCUUCCCGUUCUUGGGCCAGGAGGUGAUCCAGCUCGAGCGGGCUGCCACGUACCACCUCUUGAUGCCCGUCACAGCCUUCGAAGGACAUGACAAAGCCCGUGCACUCACCGCAGUGGCGCAGGAUGCAGCCGGUCCUCUCCUGAGGGCCUGUGCCCAGAUGUUCGACGCAAAAGAAGAAGCUGAUUCACCUUUAGCCACGGCAGUGGAAGAGGCUGGAGGACAUGCGUACCGAAUGGGGUUGCACAGUGGUUAUGACCUGGCUACUAAGGCGGGUCUGAAAAAAGGCACUGGCUACGCUCCGGAAGAAGCCGAACAACUCAAGCAAAGAGCUCACGGUCGUUUGAUCCUUCGCAGCUGCCUGAAGCUAAUCCAGGUGCAGCGUCAGGAGUUGCAGGGUGAAUCUGGUAUGGGGCCAGAUUGCCAGGAUACACAUGUCGGCGGAGAGCAGCCUCUUAGUGCAGCGUCUUGGAAGGAGCCUUCAGUGAAGCUUAUGGUGAGACUUUGCGGGGGAGAGCGUUUCAGAAUUGAGGAUUGUCGUUAUGGGGCUGAGACUAGAUGUAGCGGUUUUGCUAUUCAGAAGGGUUGGCUCAGUAGUAGUCCGGAAAUUCGCGAAGCGCUAGACAAAGUCGGUAGGCAUGAGCAUGAGCGUGCUUCCGUGGCCGGCAGGGCAGUAGCUGAGACUGCUGUGUAUCCUCAGAGUUUUUGUAGGUCUUUUGCGAAGGUCUUGAUGAAGUCCCGAGUUGACCGAUGCAUGACUGUCCAAAAUCACCCUGAAGAGCCGAGUCAGCAAACUAGCGAACUCAAAGAAACCAAAGAGCCCCAAUGGAACCCCAGUAUCCUGAAAGAAAAGCUGAGAGUGAUACAUGCUAAUCUAGGUCAUCCCUCAAAUCAAGUUCUUGUUCGCAUGCUCAAAGACGCUCGGGCCUCAGAGGACCUGAUUAAGCUGGCAGCCAACUAUGAAUGCCACCAUUGUGCCAAGAGAGGGCACGCCAAUCCCCAUCGCACAGCGCAGGUGCCACAUGCGACUCGCAAGUGGGAAGUAGUUAGUGUCGACACCUUUUGGUGGCACAGUCCUCACAAAGACGCCCAGGGUAAUCCCAAAGAACAUGUGUUAGGGGUUUCGUGGUUGGAUGAGGCCAGUGAUUUCCACACUGCUUUAGGUGCCUUUCGAGACUCAGGACUUCUGGAUUGGAUUGAGGCACAAGCCAUUAAGGUUAGUGUCAUUGCGGGAGAGGCCGCUUGGCAGGUUGGUAAGCACUCUAGACACCUUGAAGUCCUGAAAGAGAACAUGUCUUUGCUGUCCUUGGAACUGGGGCCAAACGUUGCAGCGCAGGAGCUUCUUGAGCUUUGUUUGGCAUCUAAGAACGAGAUGCACCAGGACAGGAGACCUUUGAAGAGUCCUUACAAAGAUCCGAAGCGGCACGAAGGACUUUCCUGCAAGCAGAUAGCCGGCGCAGGAUCCAUCGCGCCGCGCGAGGACGUGCGCGCAAAAGCGAAAACUUUCAGGAUUUGGCCGAAGAACCUGAAGACUCAGAGAUACAUGAGCACGAGCCGGUCGUUCCUGGCCCAAGUGAACCGACGCCAAGUCCUGCUCCCCCUUUCCGUAUCUUCGGGAAACAGCCACCUCGCCAUGGGCAGCCAGAACAACCCCCUCCUACAGGCGUUCAAUGCCAAGGUCACCGAGAGCCAGAAGGAGAAGAAAUUGAAGGCGGAAGAGACCGAACGCGAACGCUGCCUCAACAUGGACCUCAAGGACCUAGCCCAGGAGAAGAUCACAGUCGGGAAGUACAAGGGCCGAACAGUGCAAGAAGCGAGUCAGGACCCCAGCUACGUGAAGUGGUUGCUGGAGCAUCAGGAGGACAACACGAACUUCAUCAAGCUCAUCGUCUACAACGAGAAGACCCUGUGCAGCGUCAAGGUGAUCACGAAGAGUUCUGGAAGCGAGCCGACCAGAUCCGAGAUGAGCACAGAGCCCGAAGAGACGAACGAGUGGCUGAAGAUCGUCGACGAGGUCAAUCCCAGAGCCAUGGCCCAGAUGAUCGCGAUGCUCAACGGGACAGUGGAACAUCUCAAGGGCCGAAUCUCCCAGCUGGAAGAGACCGUCAUUCAGCAGCAGCAGGCACUAUACCAGAUUAUGUCCCAAGCGCAGGUGACGGACGAAAAGGCCGAAGCCGCGAACCAGCGCCUGACCGUCAUGGAAGCAUGGAUGGCCGAGAAGAAGUGUCUUGAGAACCUGAAGUUUGGAUGCUUUGAGUGGCAACGAGCCUCCGCUGAACCCCUGUGGGAAAGCCUCCAGGAGAAGAAGCCUAGACGUAUCACGUAUGCUAAGGAACAACCUGGUGAAGGCCGGGACCUUGAAGUUCACUUUAGCACUGCCCUCAAUAGCUCUCACGAAGUCAUCGAGAUUGCCUUGGAUCUUCAACCUCGUGAUGUUCAUAAGAUCAACCAUCGAGGCAGUCCUGUUUGGGUUUUGAAUGACAAGCCCAAGCGUCGCGCGGAAGUUCAGUUUAGGCAUCUUGAGGAUAGUGACAAACUUGACUUUAUGAAGGCCAUGCAAGGUGAAUUGAGCUCGUAUUUAGAACAUGAAGCUGUUGCCAUUGCAAAGAGACACAAUGUUCCGGCAGCUAGAGUCAUGGGCAUGCGCUGGGUCCUGUCGUGGAAGGCUGUCACUAACGAACAGGGUGAGGUUACCGGACAGAAGCCGAAGGCUAGGUUGAUCAUCAAGGGUUAUCAGGAACUUCAGAAGCAAGGAUGGACGCAGUCUCGACUGGAACCGUGUGUAUGGCGUCUCUACAACACUGACAGGUAUGCUGAAGGGAUCAAUGAGAUUCCCCUAAGUAAAGUCCGGAAGGAACAGCCCGAAUUGGAGGUAACCGAAGACGAACGCAAACAGUUUCGAGCAGCUCUGGGAGCACUCUCCUGGAGAGCCACGCAAUCGGCUCCAUGGCUAGCCGCCAGCGUUUCCUAUCUGCAAGGAUGUCACAAAGCCGCCAAGGUGGGAGAUCUCAUUCAAGCCAACAAGCUGAUCCGAAUGCAACGGAUUUAUAGUCAACAAACACUGUAUUUUCCGUCCGAGAUUUCCGAACCGGUUUUGCUUACGUAUCAUGAUGCUUCGUACGCUUGUCGUCGUGAUGGAUCAUCCCAGGGUGGCGUCUUCACUAUGCUGGUUGACAAGUGUGUUCUUGCAGGGAAGGUAGGUAAGUACUCUCCUCUAGGCUGGCAGUCCCGAAAGCUCCCCAGAAUCUGUAGGAGUUCUACUGCGGCUGAAAUUCAAACAGGUAGCCAUGCCAUGGAUACUCAUGAGUUCACCAAACAACUUCUCCUAGAGUGGUACAAUCAGCAGGUGAUUGACUAUAAAGACAUGGACAAGGCACUCCGUCGUUUCCAGUCCGUCGUGGUUACUGACAGUAAAAACCUGUAUGAUUCUGUGCAUAGGAUUGAAACCAGUGGUCUUCAACUGGAAGAACGACGAUUAGCCCUGGAGGUUUUGUCCAUACGCGAGCGCAUCAAGUCUGCUGGGAUGCAUUUCAAAUGGGUCGAUUCAGAUCAACAGCUUGCUGAUAACCUGUCCAAGCCUUUCUCUUUUCAGACUCUCCUUACUGCCAUUCAUAAAGGGGAACUUUGUUUACAGUUUCAUUCGCAGUUUGUGUCUGCGAAGAAGAAGCGGGCCUGGAAGAACAAGACGAGAUCUAAAGUAGACUCCGACUCUGACGAGCCCGUGCCGGGCAAGGCAAUACCUCUUGAGCUCAACCUGGCUUCCCUGAGUUCUGUGCGUGCCUUCGCGUCGCAGUGGAGCUCGGAGAUCAAGCGGCCAAUCGACAUCCUUGCGUGCAACGCAGGACUGGCUUUGGGCCAAGAUGCCAAAGAGCCGCAGCUAACCACGGACGGAUACGAGCUGACGGUUGGUACGAAUCACCUUGGCCACUUUCUGCUCGUGAACCUCCUCGAGAGUCAGCUGGCUGCCACGGCGCGCAUCGUGGUCACCGCCUCGUCCGUGCACAACCCGAAGACGGGGGACCCCGGGGCACAGGCCACGCUGGGCGACCUCUCCGGGCUGUACCAGUUUGGUAAGGGUGCAUCAAUGGUGGACGGUGGCGCUUACGACGCGCAGAAGGCUUACAAG